CAACCAAUCACAAAACGCGUUGUUAGAUUUUGGGCGGAGACUUUAAAAUACAAAAUUUUCCGGCUACCCUUCCUUCAACAGCAUCUACACCGAGUAGUUUGUGAAGUUUUGUUUAACUAGCAGUUUAAAUAUGUGUUUUUAUGAUUUGAAAGUACCAGUACGAAAGAGUUUAACCUUUCAUUUGAGACGUAAAUGCUGUCUGCCCGGUCGUUUGAUAGCUUGUUUGGCUUUUAUCAGAACGUAAACUAGCUAGCCACUUGUUGAUAUCGCGAACAUAUUUGUUUACAUUUAGCGUAGCUAGGCUAACUGCUAGUUUCCCCUGCAUCACUUCUAGUUCAAAACGUGUUGAUGAGCGAGUGGUUGGUGCUGUUUAUCUUUACAAACAUUCACACAAGUCGGAAAUGUCGCUUGAUCCGCAAGUCAAGACAAGUUGUUAAUUAGCUGUUAAUAAACAUGUACUCAUCAUUAUUCUAAUGUUUGAGGACGAGAGAAGUUUAAUCGAAGAUGUGGUCAAUUUGACGAAUCUGCUUCGACUGACGGAGCUCAGUCUGCAAAGUGUGGGACAGAAACUAAGUCAGUCAGAAGGACAUGAUGGUAGAGAGGUGUCUGAGCAGGAGAGUCCUGAUCUUCUGAGUGUACAAGACCUGCAGACACCUGAUGUUCCUCCAUCCCCGUCAGGCAGUGUUUGCCAAGAGAGGCCUCUCAGUGGGACAACUGAGAGACGAGCCCUUGCUGGCAGUCUCAGCCCACCUUCCGCCAACUCUAAGUAUUCCUCAUUCAAGGCCAGCUCAGUAGAGAUGGAGGCUUUCUCUACAAGGAAGAAGGGGGGCUGUGUGCGUCAGGAGAAUGCCUGUCUGUCCAUGCAGGAUGAGCAGCUCAUCAGCAACCUUGAUGCAAUGCAGUAUGAACUGGCCACUUCCAAGUCACAGAUACGCCUCAGAGGCCCCAGGGCGGGGGUCAAUAACAGUGUGGCAAUCAUGAGUGAACAGAUCCGUCAGCUUCAAGCAGAGCUGGAGACUCGAGCCACAGAACAAAAGGCAGCAGAGCUUAGGGCAGAGUGCAGUCAGGAAGCAGCAGCUCACAGUGACAUUUUGGUGGCGACUCUCACCGAAGAGCUGAAUGAGCUCAGAGAAGAGCUGGACAACGAGACAGCGCUCGGCAAACGGGCUGAGCAACAAAGAAACCAAGCACUUGAAAAUGCAGAGAAACUCAAAGAAGCCUUCAAAGAUUACAAGGCUACAAUUACAAUUAAACUUAAGAGGGUGACGGAGAGUGAGAGCAAACUAAAAGAGAGUCUUAUUGAAUGUGACCGAGAAAAAGAGGAGUUGGAAAUGAAGUGCACCUUGCUGGAGAGAGAAAAGGUAGAACAGAGCCAAACAAUCAGCCAGCUGAAGGAGGAGGGGAGGCAGGCCAAGUCUGCAGCUGCCAGCCUUCAGGCUCAGCUGGAGGAGGCCGGACGAAAAGCCUUACACCUUGAACGGCAUCUGACAGAGCGAGGGGCGGAGUUCAGGGAGCUGGCCUCUCUGCGGAAGGAGCUGGAAAACCUGCGGAGCAUGACCCAGAGCCAGGAGCAGAGGGUGACCCAGAGCCACAGAGAGGCUGAGCAGAGCCAGGCGGAGCUGGCCAGUCUGGAGGCCAUCCUAGUCCUGCUGCACCUACGAGAGGGUGCUGUGGGGGCGCUGUGUGUCAGGCCUUGCAUGUUUCCUCCAGUGGACUAUUCAGGAACUGCACACCUACUGAAACCAAAGCCAGGUGAAGGCUACCAGCAGCUGCUGCGAGCGUUACAGUCGAUAGAGGCUGAGCGGAGCAAACAGAACAACCUGGUCGAUCGGCUUCAGGAGCGUCUGAGCCGGGCCCAGGAGGAGAUCUCCACCCUGCAGAGCUCCAUGGCCCAGAGAGCCUCGCACUACCAGAGCCUCCACACGGAGCUGCUGGACAAAGUCAGCCAAGCCACUGACACAGAGAAGGAGUUGAAAAGAAAAAGUGCACGUGUGGCUUCACUGGAGAAACAGUUACAGGAGAAAACCUCGGCCUACAGUCAGGCUGCACUGACCAACACUGAUCUGGAGAAACAGCUACUGGAAAAAACCAGCAGCCUUCAUCAUUACCAGUCACUGCUGACCAAAAAGCAAAAAGAGUAUCAGCAGUCCUUGGAGAAGUGUAAAAAAUCUCAGUCUCAACAAUCCACGGAGCAACAGCACACAAUAGAAAUGCUGCAGAAAUCGCUGAAGGAGACUCAGUGUCGGGUGUUGGAGAUGGAACAGGAGCUUGGCUCCCUUCAGAGGGAGCGAGAUGAAGUUCAGGAAGAAGCUCUCCUGCUGCAGAGCUCCUUGGACCAGCUGACACAGCAGAGAGAGGUUGAAAUGAGAAACCACGAAGAGUUGCUGCAGAGUUUCAAAGAGCAGACGUCACAGUCUGCAAACAAGGUGUGUGAACUGCAGUCAUCUCUGUCAGCCUGCAGAGAUGAGCUGAACUUAUACCUGCAGCAGAUGGAGGAUGUAAAGAAGAACUAUGACAGUGAGCUGCAGAAGAGUAAAGACAAGGUGUCGUCUCUGCAGGAGAAGCUCCACGCUGCCAGUCUGGUCUGUCAGGGCUCCAGUGAGCAGAACCUGCAGCUGCAGCUUUCUCUCCAGCAGCAGCAGACCAUGCUGACUGAGAGCUCUGCUCGCAUCUCUGAACUGGAGGAGCAUCAGAGCCAGCUGCAAGAACAGGUGUCCAGUCUGGAGCAGCAGCUGGAACGAGCACGGGCCUCUCUGCAGGCUGAGGUGAGCAACAGAAAGCAGGAAACACAGGGGAAAGAAAAGGACCUGCAGGAGAUGAAUGAGCAGAACGCACAACUGUCACAGUCUGUCAGCCAUCUGACAUCAGAGAUGACAAAGUGUCGUGGGGAGCUGGUGUCUAAAGACUCGGAGGUGGAGCGUCUGAGGAGGGAUGUCAACGUCAAGACUUGUCAGAUCAGCCGCAUGGAUGAAAGCCUCCAACACACCAGGAGGCAGCUCGACAUUAAGAGUGACAUGGUGAUAGAUCUAGAGGAGAAACUCCACCGCUGUGAGGCCGACAGGCUCCUCUGUGUCCAGCGGGUCCAGAUCGUGGAGGGACAGCUCCAGGUUGUGCAGGGAGAGUUGGCUGAGACUCUGGAGCAACUACGGCAACUCCGAGACGUCUUACAAAGAACCCAGACUACUGCAGACGAGCGGCAAGCCGAGGUGGAAAAACUGACUGUCCAACUUAGUGAGACCCAGAGGGAGUUGGAGGAGAGAACUCAUGAGAUCUUAGAUAUGGACAGUGCACUGAAGGAGAGACAGGGGGAGCUCCAACAGAGAGCACAGCUGCUGGGUCAGCUGGAAGUGGCCAUCAGAGAGCACAAGCAGGAGAUGGAGAGGAAGGUGGAGUCCCUGCAGCAGAGCCUGGAGGCCAGAGAGCGAGAGCUGAGAGACGCACAGAGGGAGCUCACUGACAGGAACAUGAAGGAGUCCCAGGAGCUGCGUGUGUGUCAGCAAAAACUUCACACUUUACUGGAAGAACUUGAAGAAAGUCGGCGUCACUGUGAGGCUUUGACCAGAGAGCUGCACGCCACCAAAGAAAAGGAGGUCCGGCUGUGUGGCGUGGAGGAGGAGCUGGCUCUGAAGGAGGCACGCUGGCUGCAGCUGGAGGCCGGGCUGCAGAGCACGGUCUCCUCUUUAGAGCAGGAGCUGGAGCUGGAGAAGGAGCAGCACAGCAAGGAGCUGGAGUCCCUGCAGCAGACCCGAGGCCAGCUCCUCAAAGUCUCCGAGCAGAUCUCCUCCACCAUGCGCUCCUCCCAGGAGCAGCUCGCCGCUAAACUUCAGCUGAGCCAGAACCAACUGGAGGAAGCCAAAACCCAGCUUGACCAAACUAAAGCUGAUUUGGAUUACGCCCGGAACCAAGCCAGUCACCUCCAAACACAGAGGGACCAGACGCAGAACCAGCUGGAGCAGAGCAGGAUUCUGUAUGAGCAGACCAGAGCCCAGAAUAGUCACCUCCAUGCCCAACUGGAGCAGCUCAGCAACCAGUUUAAUCAAGCCAGAGUCCAGGCCGCCCAGCUCCAGACUCAGCUCCAGGCCUCCAAGAAGUCCAUGGAGACCUCCAGCGAGUCCCUGCUCAUAAAGGAGUCGGAGGUGACUCGUCUCCAAGCCAGGAUCUCCAGCCUGGAGCGAUCCGCCGACCGCCAGCAUCUGUACAGUCACACACUCUCCCUCCCUGCUCUGCACACAGAGAGCUCCUCCUCCUCUUACUCCCCUCCUUCCUCCCCCAAAAAACUCCAAAAACCUCUCCUCUCUUCUCAACACGCUCACUCGACUCGCCUCCUCUCCCCAACACACACAAGAACUUGCUCAUCGCCUCCUGCUCACACUCAGCUUCCCCCCACCUCCGCCCCUCAAACUGAGAGCCACCAAAUAUGCGACUGGCUGCAGAGCACCAGCAUCAACUCCUCUCUGGGUCUCCCUCCCAGUCUGAAGGCCUCACUGAGGAAGGCUCUGAACAAACAUCCGUGGGAGUCCCCCUCCUCUUCCUCCUCCUCCUCCCCCCCCUCCAUCUCCUCUUUCCCUGACACAGUGGACCACAGCUGGCAGGGCCUCAGCGCUGCCGAGGCCACGGCGACCUCUGACCUCUCCUUCAACCCCCUCACAUACAUGGUGGACAAGCCAGAGGACACACACCUCAAUGUGGAAGCCAGCUCCAUGCAAGAGGGAGACGAGGAGCAGACGAGUGAGUCGAGGAGAGACUCUGUGAGCACCCUGGUGGGUGAGGAGGUGGAGGAGGAGGAGGAGGUGGAGGAUAUGAGUUCACUGACAGGGAUGCUGAGGUUUGUUAAUCAGACGCUAGCAAAGCAGGAGGAUCCUUCUUUAUGGAGCUCCGCAGGGCUGUCGCAGACUGGACGCAGCAUCACACUCCAGAGGGAUGUCAAGGAGACAUGAAGCUGUGUCGAAGAGCGUCAGAGAGAAGAAGAGCUGUUUACAUUGGUGUCUAGUUGAAUCUAUCCUGCUUUUGUGUGUUAUUGAAAUCAAGCUGCAAUAUUUUGUCCGUCAUGGAAAUGAUGCAUUUAUGUGACCACUACAGUCCAGUCUGUGACAUUGUUUCAUAAAGUGUAAAUGUAGCAUUUCACGUUGUAUCUUUUCCUAAUAGAUAUUUAUAUAAUUUUGUACACAGUUUUAAAUAAGCUAUGUGAAUAAAAUAUGUUUUUAUAGAAGUAUUUUUAUUGGUCUGCCUCUGUGAUUCUCCAGAGAAACGUAAAGCCUCUGUUUGGAUGUUCCCAUGCUGUUGUGACUGUGGGGUCGUGUUACCAGAACAACUGGCAGCUUCCCGACCAGGAGAAAAGUUCUUGGCUCAGGACCGACAUGC